AUGUCAAUAGUGAUUUCCGAGAGAAUGGCAAGUUCAUUGGCUCAGCUGGCCACACAGCACCGUCACAGGCGGGUGAGCAGUGCGCCCGCGUCCUCCGCCAUGGCCGUCCGACAUUUGCGCACCUUUCUCGCGCUGCUCGCACUUGUGCAAACCUCGUGCGCUCUAGUCGACGAAGUUAUCGACGUGCUCAAACUGAGCAAAGAGGUCGCUGAAGACAUUAUAAACUCGUGGGAUGUGGUCGGCAAACGUUUCAACGCGACCGACGGGGUGGAGCUGCCGUUCGUUAGGAGAGGAGAGCGACAGAUCUUAUCGCGUAUCCGUGUUGUGUCGCGUUCGAUCGAAAAGUUGGAGCUGCGGUUGCAGAAGAACAGUGCUGUGUCGAUGUUGUUGAGUAAGAAAGUGGUUGCGGGACCGAGGUUGGAGUUGAGGUUGCACGAAAUGUCGGAUCUGCUCGGCCGGAUUGCGGCCGCCAGCCGGCAGAUGAGGGAAUACGUGAGCCUGCAACGCGACCUCGAGAGGAGCACGCUGGAGAGUUUCGCCGAGUGGUGUGUUCUGCACGACCCGGGCGCAUUGCCCGGAUUGUUGGAACGAGUGCACGCGCUCGUUGACCCGCCCAACAAACAUUUGCUGGGCAGGAACAUAUUGCAAUUGGUCUUAGAGGACGUGCAGGAUCAACAUCCCGAUUUAUGUGAGCUGCAGAUGUCGCCCCAUCAGCUCAUUUACGACAUGUACAACACCAUAUCGCUGACGGAAAUCAAGGCGUAUGCCAUGAUGCAGUUUUCGUGGAUGCUACUCAGGGUCUAUGGAAAAGGAAACUUCACACAAGAGGCAAAUCUAACAAGGCAACGAUAUGGACAAAGGACAAACCAGACCGCAGCGGCCGCCCGAGCUGCCCUGUCUCAGGCCAGACGAGAUCUCUACAAAUGUGAUCCACAAAAGCAUAUAGAAGGGGAAACGUACGAGCAAGUAACUCGUCUACUGCAAGGAUAUAUUGAAAACGAAGUGGACAUGAAUGACGAGGGAACCUGCCGAGAAAAUUGCGCGUACUACACCUUAGCACAGAACCACGGUUGUUUUAAGGAUCAAUUCUGUAUAAAGCAGCCUAAAUGCAAAGGCAGAAUCAUAGAUUGUCAAUACGUCGAUUCUGAUAUGUGGGUGUGUCCUGCGAGCGAAAGAAGCAGUCGCCGGUAUGAGUGGAUCGAAUACGAGAAUGGACGCACACUCGGCAAUGUCGGUAGUUGCACGAGGGGUACUACUAAGGUGGACUCGUGGUGGCGCUGGUUGUUCUGGCACUGCUCCUACUGUAUGUGUUUGUGUGACGACGCGGACAUCAGGUCUCAUCGGUACUUCAGCCUCGCGGAAAGAACAUCAGAUGUUAAAACCAACAAGAUUGUGACUGGAGUUCGUCUCGUCAAGUCUGGUAGAGUAUUCCAUCUUCAAAUCACUCAAGGAAUUUUAGGCGAACGAGGAUCUGUGACCCCUCAUGGCUCAUGGGGAGCGAUAACAGAAUUUGAUCCAAGUGAUAAGGCUUUGAAAGAGGGCGUUGACUAUCAUACUUUGACGUAUGAACGAAGAGCUAUCGAUCUGGACGAUUUGGACUCGCCUGCCGGACAUGUAUUAACAGGAGUGAGAUUCACAAGAUUGGGAGCUCACCUACACUUUGAAAUACGUUCAACUCCGUUCAACUACGCGACCGGCCGUCUUCAGCACGAAAAGAGUCAAUGGCUCAGUAAUGACAAUACUGACGGAACUGAAUUACCAAGAUCGCGGUUGGUCCUGCAAAAGCCUGAUAUUCCGAGCCGCAGCCACGUUCCGCUACCAGUGGAUUCCACGCAUGACCAGUACGUCGAGUUUACGCAUAGCGACUUCGAUGCCGACGCAGCACAGAGCACCGUACCCUUUAUUGAUGUACAACCAGUACAGCCAUUCAAAGGCGCUGCGUUGCUCAGCGGCGCCGGUCUGAUGCACCGCGGCGCCGACGGUUCCGGGGGCUUCAUCCAGCUCAAGGUGUUCACCUACGACUUCUCCAGGCACGUGCAGGCCGAGGCGCCCGACAAUGAGUUCUACGAUGUCGACACAGAUACCACCGAGAUCGUGCCACCUCUCAAUUAGUAUAUAGUUAUAUAUAAUCAUUUUUAUAACGUAAUGUAACUUUUGGUAAUUAAAUAAAAUUAA